AUGGAAAACAGGAAGAUUAGCAUGAUAAGUGAGUUGGCUCUCUCACAAGAUGACUAUACCAUUAAGGUCCGUGUCAUCCGUUUGUGGAGACAAACUUCAUGGAAUCAACAACUUCGUAUGAUUCGCAUGAUAUUGAUGGAUGAAAUGGGCUUAAAAAUUGAAUGUAAUGUGGACAAACCAUUUGCAUCGCUUCAAGGAAAAUCUUUUGAAGAAUAUGGUGAUUACUACAUUCAUAAACCCACAUUAGGGUUAAAUGAAGAUUUCCAACAACUUCAUCAUAAUGCAAUAAACCCAAAAAUUUCAUUUGAUGUUAUUGGAAACGUUUUCCGGUGUUUUCAAUUGGAACUUGCAAAGGAUAGACAAGAAAAGAAAAUCACAUUCAAAAUGGAGGAUUUAGAAGGAUAUGAAGUUUUUGUUACCCUAUGGGGAAUGUAUGCUGAUGAAAUUAAUGCAUAUGUCUCUAAGAAUACCGGUCAUUUUGUAUUGCUUAUUCAAUGUGCUAAGUUGAAGCUUGUCCGAGAUCGUCCUUAUGUCAAUAACACCUACUUGGCCACAAAACUUUAUAUUGAAGAUGACAUUGAGGAGAUAGCAACUUUCAAAAAAAGGUUAUGCAUUUGA